AUGAGCUUCACAACGACUGAGGACCAUAAGCCGUUCAACGAAGCCGUGCAGAAGGCCAUGGGGGCCGGCAUCCUCGUCGUCUGCAGUCACCGCGACGAGGGCGCGCGUAUCGGCACAAAGGUCUUCCCCGCCUGCCUCGGCAGCGUAGGCGAGCACCAUACAAUGCUGCGCAUGGCUAGCUGCAACAUGUAUGGCAAGUUGCAGCACGACUGGGAUGAUUACACUGUCGACGCCGCCAGCAAAAAGGACAAUCAGUACGACUUUUGCAUCAACAGCCAGGAUGUCCGCGUUGGCACUAUCCCCUUCCUCGCCACGUCCACCGAGCGCGUCAGCGGCAGCUCCGUCUCUACCGCCAUCGCCGCCGGCGUCUGCAGCCUGCUCAUCGCCUGCCUGCGCACCCUGGACGAAAUGACCUCUGUGGCGAAAGCUGAUCCGACCACCAAGGAAGGCCGUGCCAUCUUGCACAUGCACGAGAACGUCCGCCGCGCUCUCGCCACCGACGACCGGCCCUCGUAUGCGGCCAUCAAGAACUAUUUGAGCACCAUGGCUCCGUCCACGACCAGUCCACGGUUCAUUACCCUUGACCGCUUCGCCCGCCUCGACGAGCUCCGCGAUGACACGUCUUCUGGCUUUUUCCAAAAGUUGCUCGACUUGGCCGCCAAUUUCAAGGUAUAG